AUGGCUUUGGAAGAGGAAGAGGAAACGAGAAUCGACUGCAGCUUUUUCGUCUCCGAUGCCCUUGAGAGCUCAGCUUCCUGGCUUCUUGACCAUGAAACGUUGUGUGGGUUCCUUCUCUGGAUGGCAGCUUGGCAGCUGCCAGCCUGCUCGCCAAUGACAAUGCCCCCCUCUGGAAAGGGGGUCGAACCUGAGAAGAUGCUGCCCACUACGGAAGUCAUCCAUUUUUUGGAGGUCUACAAUCGCAGCGUCUGUCAGCCCAAGGAGAUGAUGGUGUCUGUCACGGCAGAACAUCCGUCUCUGGACAACCAUAUCAUGAGCCCCUCCUGCGUGGCCCUCAGGCGUUGUACCGGCUGCUGUUCGGACGAUUCUUUGGAUUGCGUGCCCAGCCGUUCCCGGGACGUCAUCUUGGAAGUUAUGGCUAGUCUCUUUCCAAACAGAUAUAUAACCCAGCUGAGUUUUGAAGAGCACUUGGAAUGCACCUGCAGACCGAGAACGAUGUUUUACAGACCUGAUUCAAUUAGCCAAUCCUGUUCACCUUGUCGGGACAGGAAAAAGCACCCCGAUCCCCAGACGUGCAAAUGUGUGUGCCGUCACCGAUCCGGGAAUUGUGAGACUGGGAUGAAAUUCAGCGAGAGGAAAUGCAGGUAA